AUGGCUUUAUCUGCUCCUGUUUUGCUAUUUUGGGAUUACCAGUUUCUUUUAAUGAUUUCAAUUAUUGAUGAGUACAAAAAUUUAAGCUUCCACAAUUGUGUUUCUGAAAGGAAUUGCGUUAAUACGUUGGGAAAUUAUACUUGUUCAUGCUUAUCAGGUCAUGGGGAUGGCAAAAAAGAUGGAACUGGCUGCAUACCAAAUGUAGUAAAUGUCAUACAAAUCUCAACUGCUAUCGGCUUAAGUGUACUGGUUGCUAUUGUGGGUUCUUUAUGGUUGUUCGUCAUACGCAAGAAAAGAAAGCUAUUCAACAUGAAAAAGAAAUUCUUUCAGAGAAAUGGUGGCUUACUAUUACAACAAGAACUAAAUGAACAAUAAGUAUCAAUCGAAACCGUCAGGAUCUUCAGUGUAGAAGAGCUUAAGAACAUAACCAAAAACUAUGAUGAGAGCCACAUUCUUGGGAAGGGAGGCUUCGACACAAUUUACAAAGAUCUGAAGAAUAACACAAAGGUAGCCAUCAAGAAAUCUAAAAUUGUUGAUCAAAGCCAAAUUAAUCAGUUCAUCAAUGAGGUUAUCAUUCUCUCCCAAAUAAACCAUAGAAAUGUGGUAAAACUUUUAGGUUGUUGCUGGGAGACUGAGGUCCCCUUGUUGGUUUAUGAAUUUGUUUCUAAUGGCAUAGUGUAAGAACACAUCCACAUUGAAGAAAAAGCUUCUUCGAUUUCUUGGGAAAUUCGGUUAAGGGUAGCUACGUAAUCAGCGCAAGUGCUAUCAUAUUUACACUAUGCAGCUUUGACACCAAUAAUUCAUAGAGAUAUGAAGCCUACAAACAUCCUUCGGGACGACAAUUAUACUGCAAAAGUUUUAGAUUUCGGAGCAUCUCGAUUAGUGCCACUACAUUAAACUCAACUAACAACACUGGUGUAAGGAACAUUGAAAUAUUUAAACCCCAAAUACUUGCAAACAAGCCAAAUAAAUGAGAAAAGUGAUGUUUAUAGCUUUGGUGUCGUCCUUGUCGAGCUAUUAACCGACAAAAAAGCACUUUCCUUUGACGUCCCUGAAGAAGAAAGAAAUUUAGUCAACUAUUUUCUUAAAUCAUUGAGAGAUGAUCUUGUUCAGAUUCUAGAUGAUAAAGUGGCGAAAGAAAGAGAUAUUGAGCAGAUUAAAGAGGUUUAUGAAUUAGCAAAGAGGUGUUUAAGAGUGAAAGGUUAACCCAACUAAAGUAGAAAAAGACCGACAAUGAAGGAAGUUGCAAUAGAGCUGGAGGGUUUAAGAGUGAGGAACAGACAUCCAUGGGCUGAAGUUAAAGUAAAUCAAGAGGAAACACCUAUUUUUUCUAUUUAUACAAACCUUUUUCUGGACUCAGACAUAAUCCCAUGCUUCAAAACCAAUAGACAAACUCAACUAGAGGAAAGAGAGACAGUAAUGGAUUCACAUACGAGAUUAUCUCCAAACAUCCUCGUACUGUUGGUAAUGGCGGUAACUUUUAUACCAGCGACAAGAGCUCAAGUGUUCGCCAAAAAUGGCUGUCCUACUCAUUGUGGAGAUUUAACUAUCCCAUACCCAUUUGGCACAAUGGAAGGCUGUUAUCUAAACAAGAACUUUUAUAUCAAGUGCACUGAAACAGCCGACUCAUUCAAAGCCUACUUAGCAUACACUGAUUUCAUUGUCACCGAUAUCACCAUGGAAGGUCAGUUGCAAAUCUUAACCACAGUUGCUCGAGAUUGUUAUAGUGCUCCUCGGCUCCCUGUGAUGACGAUCCGGCAGAUAAUAUCCUUGUCUCCCUUUUCGAUUUACAAUGUCUCAAAUACCCGAAACAAGUUUACUGCAAUUGGAUGCGACACUUACGCUUACCUUUAUGGAUUUGUCGGAAACAAAAGUUAUAGAGCCGGGUGUAUGUCCUUAUGUAAUCGGUUCGAAGACUUGGUUGAUGGAUCUUGUUCGGGAUUCGGAUGUUGCCAGAUACAGAUUCCUGAUGGGUUGAAAACCAUUGAUGUGGUAGCUUAUAGCUUUAACCGCCAUGUCAAUGUGUCGGAUUUUAAUCCUUGCAGCUAUGCUUUUAUUGUUGAAGAAAGUCAAUUUCGGUUCUCUUCGGGUUAUGUUCAGUAUAUAUCUGAGGAUUACAAGUUUCCAGUGUCCCUUGAUUGGGUUGUAAGCAACGAGACGUGUGUCGAAGCUGCUAAGAAUCCGUCAAAUUACGCAUGUCAUCGGAGCGAGUGUCACGAACCUGACACUGGUUCAGGCUAUCUUUGCAAGUGUCCAGACGGUUUCUAUGGGAAUCCAUACCUCCCAGAAGGUUGCCUAGAUAUCAAUGAGUGCAAGAUUUGGAGUCCCUGCCAUAAAAAUGCCAUAUGCAGCAAUUUACCAGGAAGUUUCAAAUGCAUUUGUAAAGGUGGUUAUGAAGGUGAUGGCAAAAGAAAUGGAACUGGUUGCAGUCCUGUGGAUGCACCUGACGGCUUUCCUUUUGUUCACAUUGGUCUAGGUGUGAGUAUAAGCCUUUUAGUGUUCGUAUUGAGCAUUUCUUGGAUAUACUGGGGACUUUGGCAAAGAAAGCUUAUCAGGCAAAGAGAAAAUUUCUUCCUACAAAAUGGUGGAAUUAUCUUACAACAAGAAUUUUCAAAGCUUAAAGGGUCUGUUUCAGCUAAAAUAUUCACUUCAGAAGAGCUGAAAAAGGCCACAAACAACUUCCAUGAAACUAGAAUUCUCGGAAAAGGAGGUCAUGGGACAGUUUAUAAAGGAAUAUUGCAAGACAACAGGGUUGUUGCCAUUAAAAAAUCCAUGAUUGCAGAUCACAGUCAGGUUGAACAGUUUGUUAAUGAAGUCAUUGUUCUUUCUCAGGUUAACCAUAGAAAUGUUGUGAAGCUCUUGGGAUGUUGUUUAGAGACCGAAGUCCCUUUGUUGGUUUACGAAUUUAUAUCCAAUGGUACCCUUCAUCAAAGCCUACAUUGUUCGGGCAAAGGGUAUUUGUCUUGGGAAUGUAGGUUGAGAAUUGCAGCUGAAACAGCUGGAGCACUCUCGUAUCUGCACUCAGCUGCUUAUCCUCCCAUUAUUCAUAGAGAUGUUAAGUCUACCAACAUUCUCUUAGAUGAACAUUACACUGCAAAAGUGUCAGAUUUCGGAGCUUCGAGGUUAGUUCCUUUGGAUCAAACACAGUUAACCACACUGGUACAAGGGACACUUGGUUACUUAGAUCCAGAGUACUUUCAAUCAAGCCAGUUAACUGAAAAGAGCGACGUGUACAGCUUCGGAGUAGUCCUUGCGGAGUUACUGACCAAGAGAAAGGCACUUUGUUUUCAAAUGCCGGAAGAAGAACGGAAUCUAGCAAUGCAUUUCGUUUCUGCAUUGAAGAAGGACCAAUUAUUCGAAAUUAUUGAUCAUCAAGUGCUUGUUGAAGGAAACACUACACAGAUAAAGGAAGUUGCCAUGUUGGCAAACAAGUGCUUAAGAGUUAGAGGAGAAGAGAGGCCUUCAAUGAAGGAAGUUACAAUGGAACUGGAGGGUCUAAGAUCAAAUCCAAAGCAUCCAUGGCUGAAAGAUGAAUCGAAAGAGACCAAGUAUUUGCUUAGUGAACCCUCAAGUGCAAAUGCUCAAGGUAAUGAUGGCAGUCCGUCAGACUAUGACAGCGGUAGACAACAAAUUAUAUUGCAAGGGCGAUAA